AUGUCCCACAGUGGUAUCUACUUCGCGCGUCGUCCGAACAAGGAGGGCGAGGACUGUACGAGGGCCAUCAAAGUCACCGAUGGUGAGCCUCACAUCAUGAGCAAUGACGAGAUGCGGGACACACUGUGGCACCACUACGGCAUGGAUCGCGCGAAACCCACUCUCGAGUACGAGAACGUGGAUCAUCUCAAGGACGUCGAUCCGGUCAAGUACGCCACAGCCGUCGGCGAAGAUCAUCACUUUCUUCGCUUGGGUCAUACGGGCGUCACACUGAACUUCCGGGUCGCACGUUUCGAGAACGGGGACAAGGAGCUGAGCGCUGUGGCAAUGAAGGGGUUUACGCUUUUGGAUGAUACGGACGAGCUCGCUACACAUCUCUGGCUGGAGAUUGGCGAUCUUGAUGCGGGUUUCCCACGAGAUGAGUUCCUCUUUGAUCGGGAUCCCACCGCGAUGUCAGCUGCACCGGGUGGUUCAGACUCAAGCGCGCCCGCCGAGCCGUUGUGCCCGACUCAAGCAUUUGUUGAGCAGCUCAGCAAGAAGGUCGCUCAGCUCAUGCUCGACGAGGGCGUCAGCAAAGGGGAUGACGGGGAGCAAGGGUCAACUUCGGGGUCAGCCACGCCGAGUGAUCCAGAUACCGACGGCCCCGACAAGUCGUUGCAGAAUGCCGGACACUUUGCUGAGGAUAUUCGCAAGAUGCUCGCUGAACUCCAGCUCCGCGAGGAAGCUCAGUGA